AGAUAAGUAUCUAUCGUUACGUAAGACGUUUUGAAUAAUGUUGGAUGCAUAAUAUUUCACCUCUUUUCUUACACAACAUGGCAAAAAUACCGAUGUCUGGACCUCAGUGGUGUUUCCGGCAAAACAAGCAAACACGCUUUGCGAAAGACCCCUAUGGACGUGAUAGACAACAGGAUCGAUUAGGAGCUGGGAGGACAGGGCGAAGUCAAAGAUGCAAUCCCUACAUGCAAGAUCCACUUGCAAAAUACAGAGAUGUUCAGCAGAGCCCCUUGCUAGUUAUGAUCAUUUCCGACCUGCAUCCACACACCAUAGUUGAAGAGCCUGGUUUUGUGCAAUUUUUUCAGUCUAUAAUGUACGACUGUCCAUCAGCUAACGUUAUACUCUCAGAGCUUCAAACUUUGUUUUUAAAAACAACAGGAUUUGUGCAAGACCAACUUGAAAGAGUGCACAAUGUCACGCUAACUUGUGAAGUAUGGAAAACAACAGCAAGAAAAACGUAUAUGACUACUUCCUGUCACCUGAUUGAUGAUGGGUGGACUCGAAAGUCAUUGGUUUUGGAAACCACACCGCUUCCUGAAGAGUACGAACCGAGCAAUGUUGUCCUGCAGCUUUUGAGAAUAGCAAAAAAUUGGAGAGUUGAAAACAAGAUUAAAGUGGUAGUAACAAAUGUGGGUCAUAUUGAAAAGGAAAUGGAAAAAUGUGGAUGGGAGCACAUAGCCUGUUUUGCCUGCUCACUGGAUGAGGUUUUCAAACUAACACUCAUUUUGUCCUCAGACUGGAAAACGCUUGUACAAAGAUGCUGUGACAUAGUAGAGUAUUUUUCCCAAAAUGUUAAAGCACAGAGUCAACUCAAGGAGGCACAAUCUAAGCGUCAUUUGUCAUCCUAUAACCUGGUCGAGUGUCAGGCUGAUAAAUGGAUUUCUAGUCUGCAAAUUCUAGAAAGAAUCGAAGCGCAACGAGAAGCUAUAAGUGAAGUACUUAUUAAUGUAAGUAAAGUUGAACUGUUGUUAAGCGAACAUGAACAUAACAACAUAAAUAAGGCAAUUCUAUGCCUCCGAGCAUUCCAGUGCGUUGUGAGAGCUAAAACGGCAAAACGAUACAGUUUACUGUCAGACAUUAUACCACAGGUGGAGGAAAUAAAAAAGAAACUAACCGAGUUGCAACAGAGUCAAAAUGAGUUUGCUAAGGAAAUAACUCGAGCAUGUGAUUAUCAUUUCCGGAAAAUCAUCGAAACCGAUUGGGUGACACUAAGCACAGCGCUUGACCUGAGAUACAGAGACAUUGUGCUCUCUGAGAAAGAAAAAACAACAGGCAUAAAGAACAAGAUCAUUUGUGAAUUGGAUGGCGUUCGUGAGGUGCUCUUUAGACAGCCUAAACUCUUAAGACAGCCAAAACUCUUCAGACAGCCUACACUCUAUAGACAGCCAGACAAGUUUGAGGAAUCUCUAAACAGGUACUUCAAACAAGCCAUGUUGCCAAGACAUUGGGAUCCCCUUGCUGUCUGGAACUUCCCGAAAAAUGAAGACUUGGACUUAAGUGAAGUUGCACGCAAAUACCUGACUGUUGUGUCUACCGCAGUUCCAGUUGACGUCGCCUAUGACAUUGAAAAAGCCAAACUAGUGGCUAGUCGGAGAAGUAGCUUGUAUCCAGAACAUCUAAAUAUGAUGUUGUUUCUAAAUAGCAACAGUCCCUACCUAAGGGAACAAAGAUCCAGUAUUCCACAUAACCUGUUGGAAAAUCUCAAAAUUUGAAGUAAUCAAAGUGUUUUAACCAUGGGGUUUUUUGCCAGGAAAGGGUUGGAUUGAAAACAAUUAUACAUUAUUAAUGUUUAAGGUGAUUCAUUGAACUCUAAUUAUAUAUGAUGUUUAAAAUAAAAAGGAGUGAAAAAGAACAAUUACUAUACAUUAAUGGUCCUAACAUAUAGCAUGUUUUUUUGUAAAGAGAAAUAGUGGCUAUUAAAGUUUUUAUCGAUUGCUUAUACACUUAUAUAUAUGCUUAUAUAUUUCUCACAACUAUAAACACAUUCUCAGAACAUGGCAGUGUUGAGAGAUCACCAGGAGAAUGAGUUUAUUCAAUUAUUUAUUUAUUAGAUAUUAUUUAUUAGAAUGAUCUUGCUCGCUCUAUAAACACCAUGCACUGGGCUGUGUUUUACCUUUCUGUGAUUUUCUUAUUUGCGCCUGUAAAGAUGCUUUGGAACAAUGCACAUUGUGAAAAGUUCUUUAUAAAUAAACUUUUAUUGAAUUGAACAAUACACCUACUUGUCCAAACCCCACAAAAAAGCAGCCUCAUUUUGCAAAGAUUUGACCAUGUUCUCAUUCAGAAACACAAACACACAAUAUAAUGAACUGAAGUGUCAAGAUGUAAACUCAAAUAGCACACAUUUAUCCAUCAGUAAACAUUCAUUUGCAAAACUGAUGACACAUCAAUCAGAAUCUCAGUAUAAUAUCAAUAGGAGAACAGGUAAUUGUGCAUUCUAGAAUCAUCUACUGUGCCUUAAACUAUUUACAGUAAACAUACAGUGUAAUUACAGUACACACUUUUUAUAAAUUUCACUAUUCUGUAAUUCCAGUAAACUGCAUGUGUACACACGUUUUACCUGUUCUGUAUUUUUCCCGACAAUACUGAAUAGUUUUACGAAAUUGGGCCAAAGGUGCCGAGGAUGCCAUAUUGUUUUUACAUUGCCUCCUACUACAUUGCCUCCUAUUGACUAAUCGCGUCACUGUAUUGUUGAAUAGUUUUACGUAAGUUGCAAAAGCAUCUGCUAAAUGCCUGAAUAUAAAUGUAAUUUGAGCAGUUGUAUUGUAUUGUGUUGCAUGACCAGUUUAUAUUUUUCUCUGGUUUUUGAACUUUUCUUGUUUUGUACGAUCAUCUUCAUCUACUUUACAGUAUAGUGUAAUGUUUUUUAUUUUUUCCUAAAGCUCAUUCUUGCACUUUGCUCUAUGUUCACUAUUUUAUGUUGUAUAUUCUAAUAAACACCAAGCUGUCAAAGUAUUCUUGAAUUCCAAUAAGAGGUUUUAGUGACAGUGUUUUGAAUUGAUCUCACCAGUGUCUAAGACUAUGUUGUAGUGUGGUUGAAAGUUUGGUUUUUCGGCGAGUUUGAAUGAUUUUGAGAAGAGAGCUUUAUUUUGACCUGAAAAUAGGAUUUUGGGGGAAUUGUGUGAGAUUUUAUGGAUUUGUGUUUAGUGUUUUGAGAAUACGAGCCAUAAUUUAAAGAAAUGUGUUUAAGCAAUGGGAUAGUUCAUCUUACCUCUUUUCAUUUCCGACUCAUUCACUUCUGCUGUAUUGACAAACCAACGCAAAUCAAUGGG